GCCGUUGUACGAUCUAAUUACCUUUGGUAAUAAAAACAAUCACUACGACCACUAUGUUAAAAUUUUCCUCUCCAAAAGCUAUUGAACGAUUUGGCUAUGCUCCAUGUGAAAGAACCAUGAGAAGGAAAUGAUGAAAGAAAAAUGAGUUCAUCUUCCAUUGAUCAGCCACUCAAUAUAUAUACAAGAUUUUAUCUAUGCGACUUGAUACACAAGACUUUUAAGUCUUGGAGUGCAAGACAAGUUUACAUAUAUAAUACACAAGCUUUGAAGACAGUUUAGCCCAUUUAAAGAAAACCCAAUCAGCCCACAUCUCUAUUUAAGUCCUUUCUUAUAAUUUCUUUUGUUUAAAAAAAAAAAAAAAGGUUAUAAACUGGGCUAUUUAGUACCGCCAAUUAAAAUGGGCUGACCCAGAUUUUUCAACCACAAAAGUGAAGCCAUCAUCAUAGGAAACAUGCCACCCCCUUUCUGGUACCCCAAUUUCAUUUCAGUAAUUCUCUGUGUCUCUCACAAGAAUAGAACAUUUUUCAUGGCGCUGGCUCUGGGUAUUCCUCAAAGUUUCUUAUGCAGGACAUCAAAUGGCUCAAAGAUGAAGCUGUGCUCAAAUAUUAGCGACGGCAAAACAAGCACAUCCCAAACCCAAACGAAGAAGCGGUGCUUGAGGUGCAACACCCUCUACACAGACAAAGACAAUUCCCCUACCGCUUGCUCCUUUCACGGCCACACCACUGGAGAGAAGGGAUUAUUUGCAAUGGCCCCACCACACCAAGGGAUUGAUGGAGAGUGGAGUGAUAGGUCUGGAGUGAUUGUGUACAGAUGGAAUGAGAAGAGCAAGAGACCAAACACUGGAAGUGGGAAUUGGAAGAAGAGAUGGAGCUGUUGUCAAGAGUAUGAUGAAAAUGCCACACCUUGUCAAAGGGGAUGCCAUGUUUCCUAUGAUGAUGGCUUCACUUUGUAUUAAUUAGCCACAAUUCAAUUGCUUCAAAUAAUUAAUGUAUCAUCACUUGUUAAUUUAGAGUAUGUUAUAUGGUUCACAAAUGCCCAUAUCAAU